UGUAACUUCCGCGCAGGACCGUCUCCAGACGACACACUGCUGCCCUCGUGUUGACCGAAGCUGUCUGUUACACCCGUCCAUGAAGAUUGGAUGGAGAACUCUCAUUCGAAAAAGGCGUAGAUCUUUUCACUUCCAUCCGACUUCCUAUAUCCCAAUUCGCCAUUAUGUUGAGGACGUUUUUGAGUCUCCAGCACAAGCGAUGGCCGAGUUCAGACUAACUCAAGAGUCAAAGCACACAAACCAGCCAUCAAAUUCUAAGAAGCUGUCAUCUUUGAUCAGGGAUGGUCAUUUCCGUAUGGCCCAAGCGACCCGAGACGAGUGGCUCAGUAAUGGCAGGGAUAUUGGGUGGGACGAUAGUUAUUUCGAGGCAGCACACUAUGCAUUGAGGAAUCAUAUGGCACAAGAAGCAAUUGUAUCUUUCACCCAAUGGUUGCAGCUCCUACCCAAUGCAGUUCGCCAUCGAGACCACAAGGAAAAUCUACGAAGACUCUGUGAUGCCCUCUUGAAGAGUCCGCAACAGGACAUCGCAUUCAUCCAUCAAUUCGCCAUUGUUCUAGCCUCGAAGGGAUACACUGGCUUUGUCCAAGAUUACCUCUUACCUUUAAUCAAGCAAUAUGGGGACAACGAGAUGGUUCACAACAUUAAAUUCGAGCUACUUCCGAAAACACUUCCUUCGCCGUCAACAACAUCCGACGUGUUUGAAUUUGAACAUGAUGAAUACUUCUUCGAGUCUUCGGAUGUUCAUCAGGUGCAAGGGGAUGACGCUGUAGGCCGUUUACAUCAGUGUAUCGCGAAGGCUUCGUACGAGGAAGCCAAGACCAUCCUUUCUGAAUUGGAAUCGGUUCAUUAUCCAAUUCCCCCGCAUCCUAUCUUCGAGCGCGGAGCUCAGCUUGUUCUUGAAAUGCAUCAAGGAGACAGAAAGACCAGAAACCACAACUUUCUACUUUUUCUCUCCCAUGUACCCCCCUUACACAUGCAAGCCUCGGCCUCAGCGAUCCCGUUUCAUGAGACUGUACAAGCAGUCAUUUAUAAUCAUAGGUCCCUUCUCGCCUCUGUCGCCUUAAUCCUUUCAUCCAAAGGAUACGCGGCUAUCCUGUCGCCCCUUCUUUUACCGAUUAUUUUGCGAGUCAACUCACCAGAGUCUAUGAAAGAGUUCCUGAAGGAGUACGAAAAACUCAACGAGUUAUACCAUCGAGGAACGGCAGCGGAUCAGGGCUCGAAUAGUAAACAGCACAUCCCUAUGGAAAUGCACUUGAUGCUCUCCAAAAAAUCGAUAAGAGAGUGCGCAAUCCGAGCUUUGGCAGUCAUAGGACAUCUCGAGCUCGCUGUCAAUUUGAUACCAACGAUGGAUCAGGAAGUCGUUCUCGACCGGCGCACCUACGGCUUUCUGUUGACUCAUCUGAAACGCCGUCGCUCUUUACUCGUCGAGCAACCUAUCUUCGAUCCGAAAAAGCUCACUAAAGUGAAUAGCUUUACUGCUAGAGUGCAACGGAUCUAUGACGAGGCCUCAUACGGACACAACGCCACAACUACGGAAAUGUCACUUUUACACGGUCAAGAGCGCUUCCCUAUCGUAAACAGCGAGCUUACAACUACCUCUGAACUCGCCAACGCUAUUCGACGAGCUAAAUUUGGACUUCCGUUCAAUACGGGAAGGCUCAGAGAGAGUAGAAGAUUCCCAAAUCAACGCAUCCUCUUCCAAGUUAUUUCAGCCCUUUCUUCCCCCGAUGUUGUUUUGACAACCCCUUCCGGAGCGCAAGAGACGGUUGCUCUGUCUCGACCCCGCUUACUUCGCCUUCUACGCCGACGAGCACUCUACAGCACAUACGUACCGUCAAAGAUGUGGCUUUUCAUGGAGAUGGUAUAUCUCUGGCGCUCAAAACGUUACGAAGCCGUCAUCAAGCUGUUUGGGACGUUUUUCUGGAGUUUCGGAGUUCCGAUAGAAGAAAUCAACCCCAUUGUUCGCCUGGCAGAUGAUCUACUGAGCAUGGAAUCGCUUCCGGAGUUUUUCAAUGGAAAUCCUUCAAAGGGUAUACUCCCAAAGGGGAAAUUGUAUCCUUCUUCCGAACAAACAUCACUUGUAUGGCAAUCCUUAGUAAUGGUUCAUAGCGGUGACAAGGUAAAAGUCGUUGCGUUGUACAAGAAGAUGAUGGCUUUUGCUCGGACCUAUCACGAGGCGUCUAAACAACUUCAUGUCAAUGCGGAAACCGAAAAUCCUUCAUUGGAUACGCCGUACGUUUUGCCUCCUGGACUUGACCCGGAGGCAGAUGACUCUCCCUCUCUCCCGCUAGUAUCCCUGGAGCACCCUUUGAUUUCCGCAGAAACCUACACACCAUUCAUCGCACAACUCUCCCCUGGUAGAAAACGCCCUGUGCUUCGAAGGUCUGAUCUCUUUCCAUCUCAGAUCAUACGUGAUAUGACAACGUUGGGACUUCGACCCACUGUCUACCACUUCACGGAGUUGGCACGAGGAUAUGCAUUGGUCGGGGAAAGAACCAAGGCUCUUAAAGUUCUGGACCACCUCGAAGCUGCCCAUCCUGUUCAGGCUAGUCAAGAAGAUACCUCAGAACUAUCUGGUUCGAGUUUUGAGGAUGUAACGUCCGUGAACAAAGAACGAAAGGACGGGUUGCCCCUUCCAGACCUCGUUCUUUAUAUAGCUCUCAUGCGCUCGUUCAUCAUGGCCAGAGACUUGGAGGGUGUAGCGGAGGUCGACGGGAAGAUGAAGUCGCGAUAUGGAUCCAUGAGGGACAUGCAGACACGGAACGAAAAGGAGAAGGUUGGAAGUGUAAAAGAGAAUCUUGACUAUCUGGAAGAAGUAUACCGGGACUGGCAUUCGAUGGAAGUUGCGAGGCAAUUGGAGUAGGUAUCAUACCGUGUGUCAUCUGAGGCCCUCGUAACCGCUGUUUCGUACUAAGGGCUCGAACCUGCUUCCUGAACCCCGAAGAUAUCGUUCUGGACCCUGUGCAACCUGCAGGCUGGACUUGUACGACUGGCAGCAAGGCUUCCUUCUGGCGUACCGUCGCGCCCAGAUGAACAUCGCGGCGAUAGUGGCGUUUGGAGCUACCGAUUCGUUACAGUCUGAACCAGGAAGAGUGUGGAUCUAGUCGCCGCACUCGACUCUGGAGACUGUCCCUUGUAAUCACUUAUGACGACUCCUACUCUCUGUGGAUUUACUUCAAAUCGCCUUUCUCUACCCAAGAGACAUCCGUUGCUACUUGUCAGCUACGAACCUUUCCGACGCAGACUUAGAGACGUGGACCGUUGAUUCCACACAAUGUCAUGGCUCUUUAUCUCUUUCCCUCGUCCUUCUGAUGAUUGUGUUGUUCAUGUGAAGAUGUUGGCUACUAAUAGGUGCUACACACAUAGGCAUGAGAAUAGCAGUCUGAAAGAAUAAAUGAAAUCGUAUAAUUCACG